AUUAAACCUUGUGGCGAUAACUUCACAUUUGAUAAUUUGUGUGUAGUAUGUUUCUUAGUUGUGUUAUUUUAUCCAUUAGCAUAGUAUAAAUGUAUUUUGAGAUUUACAGCCUUUUGAAGGAAAAAUUAGACCGUCCUUCGAACCCUUCCAAAAUUAGUAUAUUCGUUGACGUGUAUCACAUUGAAAGCCCUGGUAAUAUUUUCGUCGACGUGUACCAUAUUGAAAGUCCUGGUCAUGGCUCUUGAUUUCUUCGCUGGUUGUUUGGGAGGGUGUGCUGGUGUGAUAGUUGGUCACCCCCUGGACACGGUAAAAGUACUCAUACAAACUCAAGACUCGAAAAACUUGAAAUACAAAGGGACAUUGGACUGUUUCAAAUCAAUCAUACGUCGAGAUGGAUUGCGAGGAAUAUACAAAGGAAUGUCCAGUCCUUUGGCAGGAGUAGCAGGAAUAAACGCGAUUGUUUUUGGUGUCUAUGGCAACACCCAAAAAAAUUUAUCAAACCCGGAUUCAUUAAAAAGCCACGCGAUAGCAGGAGCAACAGCAGGAUUGUUCCAGAGCUGUGUUUGCAGUCCUAUGGAGUUGGCGAAGUCCAGAUUACAAGUUACUUCGAGUAAAAGUGGACCUGUUAAAUGUUUAAAGAAUUUGUAUGAUUCCAAGGGGUUGAGAGGAGUCUUUAAAGGGUUAAACCUCACCAUUGCCCGUGAAGUUCCUGCCUAUGGUGCCUACUUCCUGACAUACGAAUACCUGGCAGGAUCAAAUUCCGAAGUAACGUCCACCAUAGACAUGCUCAUGGCAGGAGGAGUAGCAGGAAUGGUUUCAUGGACUAUAACAUAUCCAGUUGACGUGAUUAAGUCCAGAUUCCAAAUAGACGGUGUUACAAACACAAAAUACACAGGAGUUUUUGAUUGCCUAAAGAAAUCAGUACAAAGUGAAGGAAUCUCCAUUUUGUUUAGAGGACUUACUCCGACAAUUGCAAGAGCUUUUCCUGUUAACGCUGUCACUUUUACAGUUGUAACGUGGACAAUAAGGUUAAUGAAAGAUGAAAGUGUACAAGAAAAAUUCCAGAUUAGCAAUAAUAGUAAUUAUAAAUAUACAUUUAAUAUUGUCGACAAUAAUGGGUAUUCUGAGAGGGUGUCGCAAUAUUUUACUCCAAUGGUUUAUGAAUAAUGUAAUUAAAAAACCAUCCUAAGAGGUAUUUACAAUUAAAUUUUUGAGAUUUAUAUAAAAAGAUCGUAGAAACAGUUUGUUCAUGAUAUUUACAAUUAAAUUUUUGAGAUUUAUAUAUAUAAAAAGAUCGUAGAAACAGUUUGUUCAUGAUAUUUUAUUAUCUAGAAAAUAUGUAAACAAAUGUAAUAAGUUUAAUAAAUUUCAAUGAACUGUAGAAUUGAGUUGAAAUAUUCUUUAAGUUUUACUAAAUGUUACCUAGUUUAAUAAAUAACUUUGUUGCAUUUGUUAACCAAAAGCUCUUAUACACACAUAUUGUACAAUAUAUUAUAGUAUAAUAUACAAUGCAUACUUAUUUGUUUACUUAUCAAGCACCACUAAAUAAUGAUUAGGUGUUAACGUAAGAAAGCUUUUAUGCAUAACCAUUUUUCUGCUUGAUAAAUCUUACUUGUUGUUAAGUGUAUCAUCGUAAAAAUAAAUGUGGCAUGUCAUGUAAAAAUGCAAAAAUAAAGUGUUAUGCUAU